AUGACCGACUCAGAGAGCAAGCUAAAGGAAGGCAAGGCAAAGCGUAAACAAGUAAAGGGAAGUCUCACAAGACAGCACACGUACUUAUCCGAAGUGAACGUAACAGAAGUAUCGAUAAUCGAAUUACGUCAACGACUGCAAAAGGUGUCUGAGCUUUGGGGUGCCUUCGAGGAAGCCCAAUCAGCUAUCGAGGAGUGCGAGCACGAGGAGAAAUAUGAUUCGAUCCAUCUUGAAGUAAGAAAAGGGUUCGAAGAUAGGUAUUUUGCAGCCACUGUGGGACUGGAGACGCUGAUUACGAGAAAACUUGAAGGUACACGGACUACUACUCAGCUGCGGCGGGACCUUACACAGAAUGUCACCGGACGCAGGGAGACGACACUUUCGCAGGGAAGUAACCUUACAAAUGAGCAUUUGAAAUUACCGCGUAUUACGUUACCAGAAUUUUCGGGUAAAUAUGAUGACUGGAUUCCAUUUCGAAAUAUGUUUCAGAGUAUGUUUCACGAUAAUCUCACAAUUCCAAAUACACAAAAAAUGCAAUUCUUACUCGCAUCAUUGACGGGCGAAGCAAAAGGUCUGGUUAGUUCGCUCGAGCCUUCGGACGAGAAUUACUUGGAGGCUUGGCAGAUGCUGAAAGACAGAUACGACGAUGACAGCGCCAUAAUACAGCGGCAUGUUAAGUCAUUGUUCGAGCAGCCUGUCUUGCCCAGGGAGAAUCAUCGUGCCCUUAGACGAAUGCUAGACAAUAUGUUGAAGCACAUACGUGCUCUCAAGGCGCUGAAGAGGCUCACCGACAAAUGGGACGACUUGCUAAUCCAGCUGCUGACAAGUCGGUUGGAUCAAGUCACGAACAAGGAAUGGGAAACGUCGUUGAAGAAAGGAGAAAUACCCACGUUCACGCAGCUGACAGAAUUUCUUUCGCAGCGAUGUAGAGCCUUGGAAGCAUCGUCACGUACACAGCGCUCUGGACCACUGGCAGUAAAAGGAGCCUCCCAUGAGCAAGGCAAGGAAACCACGGCGCAUGUAGCCACAACAAACGUUAUGUGCGCACAUUGUGGAAAAGGAGACCACUCGAUUUAUAAAUGCAACAACUACUUGGAAUUGGGUGUGGAUCAGCGAAUAAAGGAGGCAAAGUCACGCAAGCUGUGUCUAAACUGCUUGAAGGUCGCGACGCAUCAGGCAAAGCAGUGCGGUUCUGGAUCUUGUAGAAAGUGCGGCAAGCGGCACAACACGCUGCUGCAUUUGGAGCAGGCGGCCAUUCAGGAGGAGCCGGCGGGCGCGAAGCUAUCAGCUGAGGACAAAAUAAAGGUAGUGGCCACGAGUGUAAAUCACUCAGCAAGCCAUCAAGGGGGAAGCAAGUACUCCUGGCAACGGCAAUGGUCUACAUCCUGA